UCAAAUACUUACUUUACUUUGUCAAAAGUAUUAUAACGCAUGUCAAAAAUACAAACUUAAUAAGCCAACGUCUACUUUAAAGUAACUUUUAUUUGUUGCUAACGUAUUUUGUUUAUAUUUUGUACACAUCACCAUGCCUCCAAAAACAAAGACACAGGGAGCAAAAAAGAAAGACGGCAUUGUUCGCAUUGACCCAAAAAAGCAUGAGGAAAAGUUGAAGGAAAUCGAGGAGAGGCUCACAGCAGAUGUUCUAGCCGCUCCAGAAGAAGCCUUAGAUGAAGUUUUACUUAAUGAAGAGGAAAUGUACGAAGAAGAAAAUGCAGUAGAGGAACAAUAUUCUGAGAUUGAAUCACCCCUUGCUGUAGGUCACAUAGACCUAACGUUCACCGAGACUGCCAAUGAGUUUGCAAAUUCUCCGCAAUGCUAUCCACCAAGUUAUUAUACCUUGUCACCAAAGGAACGUAUAUUACUAUUAUAUGCAGAGAAUUUCCGCAAGCAAUUCGUAACACUUUAUCCAGAUAGAAGACCAUUAGUAUUAGCCUUGCCAAAUGAAUGCAAUAUUCAGAAAUUUGUUUGCACCACAAUACGACCAACGUCAUUUAUAUACAUUCCUCUGAUUGGUAGUGAAAUAGAAUGCGCGAAAUUUGUAGCUGACUUUAUUAUAUACGAACCCCCAGAGGACAUAAUGAAAUUUCCAACUCGUUUAGUGUCACCAGCAAGCACUCUUCGAAAACGUCGAGGAAAUAGUUUUGAAAUAGCUACUUUGCUUUGUAGCAUGUUAAUUGGUGCAGGCUAUCCUGCGAUGGUAGUAUCUGGUAUCGCGCGGGCAGAGACAGUUUUGAAUGAUCAACGUAACGUUCCAUAUCCACACCAAAUAAAAGAAGUGAAAACCGAAGAAAAGGAAAAUCCAAAAAUCUGGGCGGGACAAAAAUAUAAACUACGUACUAUUCCGGAUUUAGAAAGCCACUUAGAAGAGAAUAUUGUCGAAAUGAUGAAACAGAAAGAAGAAGACGAAAAGCGAUUGCGGCUGGAAGCAGAACGUUUAGAAUUGGAGGAAAUGGAAUUGAUUGCUGUAGAUAGAUAUCAUUUUCGACGUUCUCAUGCCUGGGUCGUAAUUGUUGAUAAUGCGCCUUGGAGUAUCAAGCCAAAAAAAACAUACGUGAACGACGAAGGUGACGAGGUGCUAGCACCACCAAAAGCUCGUUUCAUUGAGCCGUCCACAGGCUUCAUUUGUGAUACCCAUUGCAAGCAAUAUAUUAUUAUUGAUAGUGUAUGGGAUCACCAAAAUUAUUAUGUUAACAUGCAGAAUUAUCAAAGGGUAAGUGAACUACGUUGGAAUUUACAGGAUAACAAAGAUUGGGAGCAUAUCCUCCCAGGAGAGCCGCCAGAAAUGCGUUCGUUUACAGCAGGAUCUGAUGAAAACAUCUCAGAAAGCAUAAGAUCGUUAGGAGAAGAAAAACAUUUAGACACAAUACGAUCAUGGGUAGAUAAACUGCAUAUUGGUCUGAAAGAAUUCGAAGAAAGAUUUCCACACUUACAAAAAACUAUUUAUUACGCUGGUGCAGUCCAUGAACGAUUUUCGCGAUAUUCUCAACGCGAUGGAAAAUCUGAGCAAUUAACUCUCUACAACGAUGAUGAGUAUAAAGAACCAAGCAUACGGUGGCAGUAUUAUGAAAAUAGGUCAGAUUUGCUGCAGCAAAUAAAACUAUUUUGUGAAAACGGAAAAAUAGAGGAAACAUUUUAUAAAGGUCGAAACGAUAGUCUUCGAUUCAUGGAGUACAACCGUGAUCCUAAUGAGCCAAAAACAUUGCAUUUUUAUCCAACGACGAGAGUUGACUCCUUGAAAAACCUUUCCGUCAGCGGUGAGAGAAUUGUUCUUAAUUACAGUAACCGUGCUGACCUUUGUACUUUAAAAGAGUUCGAAUUCAAACCAGGUGGACAAGCAUUGAAGAAAACAAUAGAAAAAUUUAAGCGUCAAACUGUUAGAUAUGUACCGGCAUAUAAAGAUAUUGCGGAGCGAACUAUCGAUUUUGAUCAAGGCAAGAUUUUACUAAAAUUUCACUAUGCUCUCGGGGCCUUAACCUCCUCAACACUAUCGUUUACUAAACCAGCAAAACCAGAUUACGGCCAUGAAAUACAGUUUGAUCCUCAACUUACAAAAUCUUACAAAGCAAAUCUUUCUGAUCCUGAUCCUACGCCUUUGGAACUUUACAACGUUUUAUUAGAAGAACUAAGGAACGAAGAAAAAGUCAGGAAGCAAUUUGAUAAACUUAUUGAAGAAAUCAAUGGAAUAUUUGAUAUUCGUAAACAAGAAAUAAAACAUCCCAUUCUGAAAUUCAGUAUAUUUGAUCCUUUGCGUAACGCAGCGGCCAAAGAAUUACGGAUAAGAGAGGCUGUUGAAGAAGAAGCGUUUAAAUACGAGAUGUCUAUCAAACCAGCAGAUUUUCUAGCGCCGUAUUUAAUAUCUUAUAAAAAGCCGUCACUCACAUAUGAAGAAUCAUGGGCAGCUUACAAUGAAUGCUUAUUCGAACUCAAAACCCGGUUUGUGAGGCUGCUAAAUGAUCUUCAACGUCAAUACGAAGAUCUUACUUCUGAAGCUAAGUCACUUCAAAAUUUUUUAAACAAAUUUGAAGACCAGUUUGAUAACUAUAAUUAUGAGAAACUUGUGGAGCAAGCUGACGUCAUCGCCUUGCACAAGCGAAUGAUUCAACAACGAUUGACUUUAGCACAUGAAGAAUCUCAAAAAAAAUAUGAAACUGUGAAAAAAUCUCUUCUGAGAGAUCCUCGUCUUAACUUAAAUCGUACAAUGUCUAGAGCGGAAGACUAAAUACAUACAUAUACCUACCUAAAUACUCUGGAACACAUGCAACCAAUUUAAGGGGUUAGGGGUAGUCAGAGACACGAAAAAAUGAGAGUUUUCAGUAUUUGCUAUUAAAUCGUGUUAUUUUACAAAAGUAGUAAUAUGGCAUUAUUAUAGGAUGUGUUGACUUGAAGUCACGAAUAUUUCAAAAAAAAAAUUUAAUUUCCAAAGUUAUAGUUGUUUGUGUUGACCCUGUUCCAAAAAAGGUACUUGCGGUGACAAGCCUAAGUCCUUGGAGACUCAUCUGAAACCAAUCGGACGAAAAAAAUUAGUUUUAUAAAUAGAUAAUCCCGGGCCUGAUAGAAAGAUUUAGUUUUUUUUUCAAAAUUAACAAAAUGGCGGCCUCAGCAAAUUUUUUUCUAAAUUUUUGCGAAAAAAUCAACAGUUAAUUGGUAUUCUAAAAGCUGUAUAAAUUUCAUUAAAAUCUACUCAGCGGUUUUCGAGGUACAGUUGUCACCGAUUCAAAAAACAUAGUUUAGAGAAAAACACGUUUAAAGUUUCACACCAGCGCUAUGAAGUGCCCGAGCUCUCUUUGUUAUUUGUAGAAUAACUCAAAAACUAAUUAUCGGAUCAACCUGAAACUUUCAGAGAAUAUUUUUAAGAUAUUACACUUAACGAAAAUGUAAAAAAAAAAAAAAUUUUGAAAAUUCUAACUACCCCUAACCCCUUAAGAAAAAAAUAUUUUUAUACUCUCGCCAUAUAUUGCUAAAAACAUCUAAAAGCAGUCGAGAUUAAUUUAGAGUUAAAUAUGAAUGUACAUAAAUAAUUAGGGCGAGUUGAAUUCCAUGAGCGACAACUUGAAUAAACAUUGAGAUAAAA